CCCGCUGGAGAAGGAGCCCGGGAGCAGCUGCGCGCCCGCCAAACGCGGGCGCAGGACCCAGGCGUCCGAGCCCGGGCUCCGGUGGGGGGGCCCCCCCGCCCCCGCCCCCGCCCCCGGGGCCCCGCCCCUACUCUCGAGACCCCCACGCCUGCCCCCGCGCGGAGAGGGGCCGGUCCCCGACGGCUGCGGGAAGGUGCCAGCCCGCCCCGGAUGGGCAUCGUGGAGCCGGGCUGCGGAGACAUGCUGACGGGCACCGAGCCGAUGCCGGCGAGCGACGAGGGCCGGGCGCCCGGCGCCGACCCGCAGAACCGCUACUUCUACCCGGAGCCCGGCGCGCAGGACGCGGCCGACCGUCGCGGGGGCGCCAGCCUGGGGGCGCCGUACCCCGGGGGCGCCCUGGUGCCCGCUCCGCCGGGCCGCUUCCUCGGAGCCUACGCCUACCCGCCCCGGCCCCAGACCACCGGCUUCCCCGGGGUGGGCGAGCCCUUCCCGCCGACGGCGAGCGCCGAGGGCUACCAGCCUGGGGACGGCUAUGGGGCCCCGGACCCGCGCUCGGUUCUCUACCCGGGGCCGCGCGAGGACUACGCGCUGCCGGCGGGGCUGGAGGUGUCCGGGAAGCUGAGAGUCGCGCUCAACAACCACCUGUUGUGGUCCAAGUUUAAUCAGCACCAGACGGAGAUGAUCAUCACCAAGCAGGGACGGCGGAUGUUCCCGUUCUUGUCAUUUACUGUGGCGGGGCUGGAGCCCACCAGCCAUUACCGGAUGUUCGUGGACGUGGUCUUGGUGGACCAGCACCACUGGCGGUAUCAGAGCGGCAAGUGGGUGCAGUGUGGCAAGGCUGAGGGCAACAUGCCAGGAAACCGCCUGUACGUCCACCCAGAUUCCCCCAAUACUGGAGCCCAUUGGAUGCGCCAGGAAGUUUCGUUCGGGAAACUAAAGCUCACGAACAACAAAGGGGCCUCUAACAAUGUGACCCAGAUGAUCGUGCUCCAGUCUCUCCAUAAGUACCAGCCUCGGCUACACAUCGUCGAGGUGAACGACGGGGAGCCGGAGGCGGCCUGCAACGCCUCCAACACGCAUGUCUUCACCUUCCAAGAGACCCAGUUCAUUGCCGUGACCGCCUACCAGAAUGCAGAGAUCACUCAGCUGAAAAUUGAUAAUAACCCUUUUGCCAAAGGAUUCCGGGAGAACUUUGAGUCCAUGUAUGCCUCUGUUGACAGCAGCGUCCCCUCCCCGCCUGGACCCAACUGUCAGUUGCUUGGGGGAGACCACUACUCUCCUCUCCUACCCAACCAGUAUCCCGUUCCCAGUCGCUUCUACUCCGACCUUCCCGGGCAAGCCAAGGAUGUGGUUUCCCAGCCUUACUGGCUGGGGCCCCCCCGGGACCACAGCUAUGAGGCCGAGUUUCGAGCGGUCAGCAUGAAGCCUGCAUUCCUGCCCUCUGCCCCUGGACCCACCGUGUCCUACUACCGAGGCCAAGAGGUCCUGACGCCUGGAGCUGGCUGGCCUGUGGCCCCCCAGUACCCUCCCAAGAUGGGCCCAGGCAGCUGGUUCCGCCCCAUGCGGACUCUGCCCAUGGAACCCGGUCCCGGAGCUUCAGAGGGACGGGGCCCGGAGGACCAGGGCUCCCCCUCCGUGUGGACUGAGAUCACCCCGCUGCGGCCGGAGUCCAGUGACUCAGGACUGGGUGAAGGAGACUCUAAGAGGAGGCGUGUGUCCCCCUAUCCUUCCAGCGGCGAUAGCUCCUCCCCUGCUGGGGCCCCUUCUCCUUUUGAUAAGGAAACCGAAGGCCAGUUUUAUAGCUAUUUUCCCAACUGAGGGGAUGACAUGGGGAAAGGCACAGAAACAGCGUUAUCAGGUUGGAGGACACCAACCAAUGCAGACGACAGACUCAGGACUGAGAGGCCCCAGCUCCCUCUGUCUCUUCUCCUUUUGUAGUUGGUUGAGGAAGAGGGGGUCCUGGGGUUCACUUGCUGCUUCCGGCCCACGAUGAAACCUGAGAGGAGUGUCCCCUGCCCCUUCCUCGGCCCUAACUACAAUCAUUUCCCUGGUGCUGCUUCUGGCUGUGGGUUCCCAGCUGGAGAACAGAGAACGGAGAACAAGAGGGUCUUGGCCACAAAGGAGCUUUCCGCUCUUCUCUGGGACUGGGUAGGGGUCCGGUGGGGCUGGCUGGGAACUGGAGACCGUCUUCCUUUAUAGAACUAACUUUGCGCCGUUUCGUUUGCGCCGAUGACUUUGGGCGGCUGGCCCGGACCCCCCCUGCGCAGAGACAGUGGGGUCCCAAGGAAGGGCGGGGAAGGGGGGGUUGGUGCACACCUCAAGAAGCGAAGUCUUUGGGGGUGGUGAUUAUGGGGGCACGCACGCUUUUUUUCUUUUUCUUUUUUGGAAUGGGGAGGCUAUUUAUUGUACAGAGAGUGGUGUCUGGAUAUAUUUCUUUUGUCUUCAUCACUUUCUGCAAAUAAACAUGAAACUGGA